AUGGCGGCGUUCAACUCGGCCGCCCCUGUCGCCAUCGCUGCUCGUGCCGGCUUCCACUCUUCCUCGGCUCAGGCUGCUCCUCUUCGUGAGACCGAGCAGCGUAUCAAGUCGGUCAAGAACAUCGAAAAGAUCACCAAGUCCAUGAAGAUGAUUGCCUCCACCAAGCUCAACAAGGCUCAGCGUGCCAUGGCUGCUGCCAAGGCGUACGGUGCUGCCAACACUGAAAUCUUCACCAACUCGGAAGCCGUCGCUCCCGAGGGUGGUCGUCAGCUCUUUGUCGUCGUCUCUUCCGACAAGGGUCUUUGUGGUGGUAUCCACUCGUCCGUCACCAAGCGUACCAAGGCCGAGUUCCUCAAGCUCGGCUCUUCCGCUGGUGAUGCCGCCUCGUCCGAGGGCCCUGCCGUCAUUGUUCUCGGUGAAAAGUCCAAGGCGCAGCUCGGUCGUGCCCUCCCCAAGAACAUCGCGCUCUCCUUCAACCAGAUCGGCAAGGAUGUCCCCACCUUUGCCGACGCCUCGGCCAUCGCUGAUCAGAUCAUCAAGUCUGGCAUCAAGUUCGACAAGGUCAACCUCAUCUACAACAAGUACGUCUCGGCCCUCUCUUUCGAGUCGGAUGUCAUGCAGGUCUACUCGGAGGAUGCGCUCCGAAACGCUCCUCAGUUCAAGCUGUACGAGCAGGAGGACGACGUCACCAAGGACCUCGCCGAGUUCUCCUUUGCCAACGCCAUCUACGCCGCGCUCGUCGAGGGUCACGCUUCCGAGAUCAACUCGAAGCGAAACGCCAUGGACAACGCCUCCAAGAACGCAGGUGACAUGAUCUCGUCGCUCAACAUGAUCUACAACCGUGGUCGACAGGCCGCCAUUACCAACGACUUGGUCGACAUUAUCACCGGUGCCUCGGCCCUUUAA